CCCUAACCACGCCCACCACAGGUGGAGAAGACGCGCGGUGCAUCACGGGAGAGCGACUUCGCCGACGGAACACUGUCGCUUUUCUUUUUUUCCCCUUUCUUUUGAAAUGUUUGGGGCUGCAAAUCCGCCAAGACGCCGCAACACCAUCUGAACCUCUUUGAACCUCUUUGAACCCACUUCCUCCUCGGGCCGGAAACGACACUUUUGAAACUUUCCUUCCGACAGUUUUGGAAAUAUUCUUGGCGCGCGCUCGCGCGCGUGCGAAGGCCAAUGGGAGGACGCGCACGCGGAUUACUCGAGACCACCACGAGAGUAGAGUGACGUCAUUAUGGACGCAGGAGAGAAGUUCGGUCCAAGACAGGAUCCAGACUUGGACGCCGGCCUUCAGUUUCUUCCCGCACCCGAUGCCAAGAAGUUGGAGAAAAAACCCGGGCGUAGAAAGCUGUGGGCGGGCGUCAUCAUCGUGGUGGUGGCGCUCCUUCUCAGUCUGCUGACUGGACUGCUGCUGUGGCGCUUCUACGUGCACAGCAACGCGCCGGUCAGACGCGUCUAUGUGGGCUCCAUGGCGAUCGCCGGGCAGCGCUUCCUUCCGCCGUACGAGGACUCCGGGAGCGUCCAGUUCUCCAAGCUGUCGUCCCUGGUCAGCCAGCAGUUAAACGCCAUGUACUCCGAAAAGGCGGCGCUGGUCAAAUACUUUGCACGCUCGUCUGUGGAAGCGUUCAGCGACGGCGGCGAUGACUCGGUGACGGCGUACUACCAGUCUGAGUUCCACGUGCCCGCCGCACGGCAGCCUUCCGUCGACGCCGCCAUCAAAUCGCUGCAAACGGCGGCGGGGAGUCAACGAGGUCGGCAAGGGAGGGUGAUGCUGAAACCCGAUGACGCGCUCCACGUGGACGGAGUCGUAACGCGAGCCAUCGAUCCUCGGAUGACAUCAUCGUCCGUGUCGGUCAGGAAGUCUUUCAACGUUCACGUCCGAGAGGGCGGAGUCGUUCAGUCGCCGGGUUUCCCCGAUUCCCCGUACCCGCCCGGCGUCUACCUGCAGUGGCGCCUGCGGGCCGACCCCGCUCACCGCGUGCGGCUGGACUUCGACACUUUGAUCCUGGAGGACGACUGCGAGCGCGACUUCGUCAAGAUCUACGACUCGCUGGCGCCCAUCGAGCAGGCCACCAUCACAGAACAUUGUGGCUUUCCUCACCGCUCGCUGUCCUUCGUGUCGUCAGGCAGCGUCAUGCUGCUGACGCUGGUCACCGACCAGCAGAAGAACUUCCCGGGCUUCAGGGCCACCUACUCGCAGGUCUCUCUGGCGCCACCAGACUGCGGAGGAACUCUGAGUGGCGACGCGGGCUUCUUCUCCUCGCCGUUCUUCCCGUCCAGCUACCCUCCUGGGAGCGUGUGUGUGUGGAGCAUCCAGGUGCCGGAGGACAAGUCGGUCAAAGUGGAGUUCCAAAAGUUCUACGUGGGAAACGACUCCACCGAUUGUUCGCGGGAUUACGUGGAGGUCAACGGCCGCAGACUGUGCGGGGCGACGGCGGGCAGCAAGGUGGUGGAGAGCCGAAGCAACGUGAUGACGGUCAAGUUCAACUCGGACUCGUCCUACGUGGAUCAGGGUUUCGUGGCCGAGUACAAGGCGUUUGUCCCCAGUGACCCGUGUCCGGGACGCUUCCGGUGCACCAAUGAAUUGUGCGUGGACUCGGGCCUGAGGUGCGACGGCGUGGACGACUGCGGAGACGCCAGCGACGAAGACGACUGCGCCUGCCAGGCGUCCCACAUGAGGUGUCAAAAUGGCCGCUGUAAGCCCAAGUUCUGGGCGUGCGAUGGCGUCGACGACUGUGGAGACAACUCGGACGAGCGCGACUGCGGCACCUGCACUUCCAGCGAAUUUCGCUGCGGCAAUGGUCGCUGCGUCCCCUCGGCGGUGGUGUGCGACGGAAAAGAGGACUGCACAGAUGGUUCUGAUGAGUCCAAAUGUGUCAAAUCCGCCGCCGCCAAGACGACAUGUUCCGACUACAGCUUCCGCUGCAAAGAUGGACGCUGCGUCAACAAAGUCAACCCCGAGUGCGAUGACAAGGACGACUGCGAGGACGCGUCGGACGAGGAGGCGUGUGAGUGCGGCUCGCGGCUGUACCGCAGCUCUCGUAUUGUUGGCGGCCAGGCGGCGCGGGACGGGGAAUGGCCCUGGCAGGUCAGCCUCCGAGCCGGGGGCAAAGGUCAUACGUGUGGCGCUUCCGUGUUGAGCCGGCGCUGGCUGCUGACCGCCGCCCACUGCGUGCAGGACAACGGUCCAAUCAGGUACUCUCAGGCCGACCAAUGGGAGGCCCUCCUGGGGCAGCACACGCAGAGUAGCGCCAAGGAGUGGACGGCGAGGAGGAAGGUGAGGCGGAUCGUGGCCCACCGCGACUACGACCCGCUCACCUUCCACAACGACGUGGCGCUGAUGGAGCUGGACUCGGACGUGCCGCUCAACCAGCACAUCUGGCCCAUCUGCCUGCCCUCGCCAACGCACCGCUUCCCCGCGGGGCGCCAGGCCUGGAUCACGGGCUGGGGCGCCACCAGGGAGGGAGGCCUGGCGGCGAACAUCCUGCUGAAGGCUGAAGUGCGCAUCAUCAACAGCUCCGUGUGCAACAGUCUGAUGAAGAACCAGGUCAUGGAUGGAAUGUUGUGUGCCGGCGUCCUUAAAGGCGGCGUGGACGCUUGCCAGGGCGACUCCGGAGGGCCGCUGUCUGUCGUCAGCCAGAGUGGGCGGGUCUUCCUGGCAGGCGUGGUGAGCUGGGGGGACGGCUGCGCUCGCAGGAACAAACCCGGCGUCUACACGCGGAUCACCAAAUAUCGCGGCUGGAUCAAGGAGCACAGCGGCGUGUAAGCGGGAAGCUAAGGGUCCGAGGACACACGCCUGCCUUCGGAGACGGCGCCGCUCCAGAAACCGCGGAUGCGCGUUACCUUGGCAACACUGUCAAUACAGUACUGAGGACACCACGCUCAAGUGUGGUAUCCUGAUUUUAAAUUCAUUUAUCAUUUUCUAAAAUCGUUUUGUUUUUUAAAAAUACAAUUUUUACUUUAUUUUGUCAUUUUGAAAGUUUUUGUAAAAUAUAUAUGUACUUUUUUCUUCUUUUUUUUUUUAUAAGAACCAAUUUUGUUUUAGGCCAUCUCCAGGCAACCAGAAGUACCGUAUUUUUCGGACUAUAAGUCGCAGUUUUUUUUCAUAGUUUGGCCGGGCUCCAGUGCGGCUUAUAUAUAUUUUUUUCCUUCUUUAUUAUGCAUUUUCGGCAGGUGCGACUUAUACUCCG